AUGCGCAGGAAGAAGCAGCCAGCACGAGGGGAAUUGACAGGUGGACUGCGGGUGUCAUUUCACCACGGGAAGAGAGAAUUCCAGCGAGAAACUCUCCAGCUGAACGGCGGCUGCAGCGAGGAUCAUGUGAAAAACGGCGCUAGGAGGCGAUUGGCCGGCUGCAUGGGGCUGGAAUCCGUAGGGCUUAGCCUGAAGCGGUCUAGCGUUGUUUACCGAGCUGUCGCAAAAGGGAAAAGCAUCAACAAAGCGGCUGUUGACAGACCGGGGGGGUUCAGCGGUGGCAGGCAUUCGAGAAAGGACGCCCAAAGGACAGUCAACCUGGACUUUGACGCCCGCGUCCCCAUCCCCUUCAGUGUCUUCCCGUCCUCGUACCGGAGUGACGCUGUCUCUGAGACUACUCACACGAGAGUAGAGGGAGAGGUCAAGUUAGCAGGCACCGCUUCGCACGUCGGACGGGAAGAUACUCGAUACGAAGGCCCGCUCCGUGACCCCCGAGCUUACGCCAGAGAAGAGGUCGACACCCGCCACGUCGAGUCGUCCGAGUAUCGUCCUGUUCGCACCCACACCCGUGACGACUUUCAAGUCUACGAGGAGAGACCUGCCCCCCCGGAUAGAUAUCCCGAAGUAGAACUUGCUCGUGAAAGAUACUACGGCACCAGCAGUAGCAGCAACACCCACGAGAGAAAAGGCUUUCAAGCUCAACUCGACGUAACUGAACAAGAAUAUCGUCGACGCACCGACCCAAACUACGCUGUCCAGUACGAAACUGUCCGCCCAUACUCGAACCAGACUCGUGAUAUUGACGUGUCUUACGACCGCGUGAACGAAUCAGUCGAGACAUACAAGCCUCGCACCCAGGUUCGUGAAAUCGAAUACGACACCAGCUCCAGCCGGUACGACACACACAUCGAAGUAAACACCGACCGCCGCCCCGUUUACGACGCGCCAAAGCCAAAGAUGGGUUACUACGACGACGACGGCCAAUAUCACUCUUUCCGUCGCGGUGUUGAGCGCGCUGCCGACCGCAUCCUCCAUCCCUUCCAUCACAAGGAUGAAGUUGCUGAUGACCGUGGUCCAUCCCGGGUCCGUGAAGGCGUUCGUGAGUCUGUCAGAGUUGUCCAGCCCCGUGGCGGCCGCCCAUCAGACACGAUUACUAUUCCCUGCCACUUCAUCCGCAUCGGCGACCUUUUGAUCCUUCAGGGCCGCCCAUGCCAGGUGAUCCGCGUCUCUGUCUCCUCCCAGACCGGUCAGCAUCGUUAUCUCGGUGUCGAUCUGUUCACCGGCCAGCUCCACGAGGAGUCUAGCUUCAUUUCCAACCCAUCUCCAUCUGUCGUUGUCCAGAGCAUGCUCGGCCCCGUCUACAAGACCUACCGCAUCCUUGAUCUCCGUGAUGACGGCCGCAUCACCGCAAUGACCGAGACUGGCGACAUCAAGCAGGGCAUCCGCGUCAUUGACCAGGGUGGCCUCUGGAACCGCAUCAGCGACGCCUUCUCUGAUGGCAGAGGUAGCGUUCGUGCUCUCGUCAUCAAUGAUGGUGGUCGUGAGCUUGUCGUUGACUACAAGGUUAUCCAUGGAUCCCGCCUUUAAACCAGCUGUACAAUGUUACGAUUUUUGCGAAUUUUCUUUUGAUGACAGGAUAAAAAAUGGCCGCUAUUUUCUGGUGGAGAGGGGCUUAAUGGGUCAAUAAUGGAGAAUUUGCCUUUUCCUUUGGAGGACGACGUUUUAUAAUUUCCUCUUCUCCUUAUGUUGCCUUUGCCGCCGGUGAAAUGCAAGGAUAUGAGUGACGGAUCAAAUUGGUAGCUUUUUGGUUUUAAUUAUGUACUCUCAAGAUGACUGAUGGAAUCAAAUGACGUUGACUUGU